AUCCACGCAUAGUCGCCCACAGGACCUGGAUCUGGGAGCCUAAAGGCUGCAUCACUUCACACCGACCUUUUAUUGUAUUAUGAACACAGAGGAGGGAGAGGCGGGUGCAGCUUGCGGGGAGACGAGGGGAGAAGACACCGGCAUCACCGACCGCCACACCUGGGAUGGAGGCGAGCCACUGGACCGCCAAGGACGUCGGCACCCCGAGGAUGAGGACGGGGCACCAAAGCAGGCAGAGGACAGAGAGGGCUGCCGGGAGGGCCGGGGCUGCAGGGGAGCAGGUGAGGGGAGCAACGGGGGGAAUUUUUCCAGCGAGGAAGGGGCGGUCGGGGGGGCAUCGUGCAAGGAGCAGACGAUGCACUCAAACUGCAGCAGCGAGACCUGCAUCCCCACUCCCAGCUGCCGGAUCUGCUUCCAAGGCGCAGAGCAGGGCGACCUGUUGAACCCGUGCCGGUGCGACGGUUCGGUGCGGUACACCCACCAGCACUGCCUGCUGAAGUGGAUCAGCGAGCGCGGCUGCUGGACCUGCGAGCUCUGCUGCUACCGCUUCCACGUCAUCGCCAUCAACCUGAAGACGCCUCGGCAGUGGCAGUCCAUCACCAUCACCCUGGUGGAGAAGGUGCAGAUCAUCGCCGUGUUCCUGGGCUCUCUCUUCCUGGUGGCCAGCAUCUCCUGGCUGCUGUGGUCCACUCUGAGCCCGCAGGCCAUCUGGCAGCGCCGAGACAUCCUCUUUCAGAUCUGCUACGGCAUGUACGGCUUCAUGGACCUGGUCUGCUUAGGCUUGAUUGUCCACGAGGGGGCGGCGGUGUACAACGUCUUCAUGCGCUGGCGGGCCGUCAACCUCCACUGGGAUCUUAAGAGCUACGAUAAAGCAAAAGACAUGGAGGAGACGAGCACCGGCCAUUCCUCAUUGGUCCCCAGGACGCUAUGGUUGCCUCUGGCCACCUUUGGGCCCAAUGGGCACUUAAACUCCACCCAGCUGGGGCCGCAGCCAUGGACCUGCCUCUGUUUGGCCCCCAUCUGCCCCGGCCUGGUGCCCCGAAGCAACCUCAGCCAGGACAGCGACUCGGGAGAGGUCGUCAUUCGUGUGACAUCGGUGUAACACCAGGCGGUAUUUAUGCAGGAACAAAGCUGAGAUGGUUCUCACGUGGUGGUAACAAUGGACUUCUCUGGGCAGUUUGUAAUAUUACACAAUCUGUUGACUUCUUUUUUCUUGCAGUUUUUCCAAAUGUUUUCCAAGUGUAUUGUUUGUCUUCUCUGGGGCGGGUCCUCAAGACAACAGUUAAAUGAAGUCAUGUGUGGUGUCGUUGCCUUUGUGUUUGAUUCUUAGAAG